AUGAUUAAUACCGGGGCCAAUAACGUAUCCAGUGCUCCCCAUAACAGGACAAAUCCAUCGGUGCAAGCUCAGACACAAGCGCAUCUACAACACUCGAAGCUAUCGGUGCAGCAGCAGCAGCUAUUAAGACAACGACAACAGCAACAAUUACAGCAGCAACAGCAACAGCAACAAGUCACGCAACAACGCCAGCCAAGACCAAAUCUUCAAAACUACCACUUUGCAAGUACUUCUCCUGAGGUUUUAAAGAAGUAUGCGAAGUAUCCACCGUCGUUGAGUUUCCACAUAUAUGAAUCGCAUUAUCGAUUAAGCAAUUCACAAGAUUCGAAUAUCAUUCCUAAGUCGUCGCCCAUGAUCAAAAGCUUCUUGCAGCACGUAAUGAGAGAAGAAAUACCUUUUGAAAUGAGUGAAUUGAUUAAGGACUUCGCUAUUAGGUCAUACGAUGGGUGUCUUAUUUUACAGGUAUACGACCAUAGAAAUAUGAUUCCAGCAGGAGCUCCAAAUUCAUCUAAUGCAAGUUCUACUUCCGCGUCGACGGCAAAUAACACAGAUAGCAGCAACCCGAGUGGCUCGACCAGCGCUAAUAUUAAUACCGUCGCAAAUACUACAACAGAUACCAGCGGUCCUGCUUCAAAGUCAUCUAGUCCGUCGCAAAAUGGCACUAAUAACAUGGUGUCAUCAACAACAACAACGACUAUUGAAUCAACCAAAGUCAUUUCGAAACCAAAGGCUUACAGAACCUUAUUAAGGCCAACACAACUAUCAUUAUAUUAUGACUUACUUUAUCAUACUGAUUCGGCGUUAACGAAGUUUACUGACCCAUUGUCACUUCAAAUGGAAUCGGAAAUUUUAACAUUAACUAAUAGAAAAGUGGAUUUAUCUGUCCCAUUAAAUCCGUAUUUAUGUGAAGAUUAUUUGAAACCAGAAAUAGAGUACCCUCGUAAAGAAUGGGACGAAAAGAACCAAGAUUGGAAGUUAAUACAUCUGCAUCGUGACGAAGUUCAGAACCCACCACGUAAAUUGCAUCAAGAUGAAUUGAUCAUGCAUAAAUCUUCUGAUUAUGAGGAAAUUAUGUUUUUGUUAUCUAAUAAAUACAAGAGGUCUGAUGAUACUCUGGAUAAGAAAUUGGUUGUGGUAGGCUCUUCAUCCUUAGUAUCUACGGGUACGACUAAUAAGAAUGGCAAAGAGGAUAGUGUUGAUCCCGAAGAUAAAGGUAAAAAUUCAGAAACUAAAAACGGGAGCACUACAGUUGUCAAUUCUAAUACAACUUCGAAUUCUACUACUGGACAGUUCAUGAGGCUUCGGUAUAUUGAAGAGAUUAGAAAACGUAGAGAAGCCCAAAAGGCUCAGCAAGAGGCUGUUGCUGCCCAGGCGACUAACAAUGGAGCUAACCUAUUAGCACAAUCUAAUAAUGCCGCUGCAAUUAAUGCAAGUAAAGAGACUGUACCUGAUAAUAAGGGUUCAUUUGCGCCGCAAGAUACUAAUAUAUUACGUCCUGGAUCUCAGCCACCAGCAGCUCCUGCCAAUCUGCAACUCCAAAGACAACAGCAAAUGAUGGCUGAAAAGGCACAAACUUUGAGGGCAAGACAAUUCCAGGCACAACAGCAAGCACAACAGCAAGCAAGACAACAACUUCAACAACAACAACUUCAACAGCAAACUAAUAAAAGACAGAAAACUGAUCAUGUUCAACAGCAGCCACCUCAACCACCGCAAUCCCAGCAACAGCAACAGCAACCACAACAGCCAUAUAAUUCAAUCUCUUCAACUCCUCAAAUGGGAAUGUCUCAACCAGCAUCUAGCAUGGGAACCCCGGUGAUGAAUGGAAAUAUGCCUACUCCACAGCAACGUUUCCAACAAGCACAACAACAAGCAUUAUCACAACAACCUUCCCAAUCAGGACCCUCCCAACCGCAGUCGCAAGGGCAACUUAAUGCUCUGCCGGCUGGACAGACUCCAGGUACGGCGCAGAACCAGCCAAACCAAACACAAAUCCAACAACAACAAAUAUUCCAGAACACUUUGAAUCCACAGGAACAACAAACUUUCAGACAAUUGCAGUCAAGAAUGAAUGCAUUUGCAAUGAUGGGUAAUUCAGGAAUUGCCCCAAAUAGAGCACAGUUGACUCAACAACAGCAACAACAAGCAAUUCAACAAGCCAAGCUAAUUCAGCAGCAGUUGUUGCAAAAAUUCCCCGUUUAUUUCCAAAGGUUGCGCCAAUUUCAGUUACUUCAACAACAGCGAAGACAACAACAGCAGCAACAGCCACAACCACCAAGCCAAUCUCCACAGCCAAUGGGAAAUAUUCCUUCAUCGCUUCCGCAAAACUCACAAUUUAAUCAACAUCAAAAUGUGGGUGGUAAAACUGUUCCUGGAGCAAUGAGCCCUCAGCAGCAGCAGAUGAUAAACCAACAAAUGCUACAACAGAUGGCUAAUAAUAUGAACCAGCAGGGCAAGAAAAAAAUGUAUAAAAAGAAGUGA